AUGCUCUUCCGUCGCACUCAGCGUUCGUCACCUGACUCUGACAUGCUUUUUGAAACUGCAACAGAUCACUGUCAGAUGCCCAUGGACUGGACUGCAUUACCUCGUCACGUUCUCACUGCCAUCCUUCAAUUUUGCCCACAUGAAGAUCGCUGGAGAGCUCGACUCGUUUGCUGGAGCUGGUAUCUUGCCGUUUAUGAUCGUCAGCUAUGGAAAAUGACGUCUUUCCAGCUUACGACGAGCGACAGCUUUGACUGCAGCUCUCGGCUAUUGCGUCGCAUGUCAAAUUUCAUUCAGGGUGUUCACAUUGGCAGCGAACGCGGCCAAAGAGAGAACUUUCAAAAGGUGUUAGGUCUAAUCAGAUGGUCUGUGCUACAAACUCUCUGUCUGGACAAAUGUAGUUACGCCGUCUUUACAGGGACGACGCUUGGCAUCUUGAAAUAUCAUAUCUCAGAAGCGAGACAACUUCGUUGGGUCAACUUGGGCGGUCUUCCUGUGCAUGAUGACGUCAUGGAGGUGCUGGGCCAAGUUGGAAUGGUUUCUCUGGAGGAAGUGAAUCUAAUUCGUUGUUUCAGUGUCACAUCUACUGGAUUGUUGCAUCUCGUUUCGAUGUGUCAGCGACUUCGAGUGUUGAAAGUCAAUUACAGUCAUCUUUCUGAUGAUCUUCUUUGUGUUUUGGCAUUGAAAAAGUUCCAGUCUCUAGAGAGAUUGGAUGUUGUAGCAUCAUGUGGAGAAAAUGGCAUCAGUCUGUCAAGUGGCUCGUGGCAAAGUCUUGUAAAGCGUUAUCCAAGUCUGAAAGUCAAAUUUGUGCUGAACAACUUAGAAGAUGAUUUGUUUUCUACUGUUUGCCAAAAUCUGUUUUCUCCUAUGAGUCCUGCUACUGUCGUUCAUUUCAAAGGAAAAGUCAACAAAGCAUGCAUUCAACUGGUGGCAAGAAACUGUUUGUAUUUGAAGUCUUUCAUUAUGCAUGCUAAUCCAAAGGUUGCUAGUACUGAAGACGUUGGUCCUGAGUUGGUGAACCUUCUGAGAAGUCAUCGUGGCUCACUUCUUCAUUUUGAGUGCACCGGUGUAUCGGUCUCAUACAACUCUCUUGCAGAGAUGGGGCAAAUUGGCAAAGACAGUGAACUGCAGUGUCUAGUAAUUGGUACACACCGUCUGCUUAUACCAGUUGUUGGUUAUGACUCGAAGGUGUCUGCUGAGGCUAGGAAGAUUGUUAACAGACACUGCGCAUUUGGUAAUGCUUUAUAUGUUUAUCACACGCAAGAGUAACAAUUCAGGUAGUAUUUACUAUAACCUAUCUUCUCAUAAUGAUAUUGACGUAAAGAUGAUAAUCUUUGAAUUAUUUGCAUUUUACAUUGAAGUAGUGACACUAGUUUAUUCAGUUUCAGAAGUAUAUACAGCUUUCCGUAUAUCUAAUUCUAAUUCUUACACUGUGUGCUUCUGAGAGUUUUUCCACACAACGGCAUGACAUCACAUUAUACACAAGAUACAAAAUA